GCCCUUCCCAAAAUGGCGCUGCACGCAACACGGAAGGCGCGUGGGUGCUGGACCUUCAUCCGGGCACUUCACAAAGGACCCGAAGCGGCGCCCACUCCCCAGAAAGAUGCUGCGAAGCGGGUGUUCUCUGGCAUUCAGCCCACGGGAAUCCCCCACCUGGGCAACUACCUGGGCGCCAUCGAGAGCUGGGUGAGGUUACAGGAGGAGCACAGCUCUGUGCUGUACAGCAUCGUCGACUUACACUCCAUCACUGUCCCCCAGGACCCCGCCCUCCUGCGCCAGAGCAUCCUGGAUGUGACCGCGGCCCUCCUCGCCUGUGGCAUCAACCCGGAGAAGAGCAUCCUUUUCCAGCAGUCUCAGGUGUCUGAACACACACAGUUAAGUUGGAUCCUCACCUGCCUGGUCAGACUGCCCCGAUUACAACACCUGCACCAGUGGAAGGCAAAGACUGCCAAGCAGAAGCAGGAUGGAACCGUGGGCCUGCUCAUGUACCCUGUUCUCCAGGCUGCUGACAUUCUACUGUACAAGUCCACACACGUUCCUGUCGGGGAGGACCAAGUCCAGCACAUGGAGCUAGUUCAGGACCUGGCACGGGGGUUUAACAAGAAGUACGGGGACUUCUUCCCGGUGCCCACGUCCCUGCUCAGUAACACCCAUGAAAAGGUGAAAUCCCUCCGUGAUCCUGCCAAAAUGUCGAAAUCAGACCCUGACAAACUGGCCACCGUCAGGAUCACCGACAGCCCGGAGGAGAUCGUGCAGAAAUUCCGCAAGGCUGUGACGGACUGCACAUCGGAGGUCACCUACGACCCGGCGCAGCGAGCAGGUGUGUCCAACCUGGUGUCCAUCCAUGCGGCGGUCAGCGGCCUGGCCGUGCAGGAGGUGGUGCGUCGCAGCGCAGGCCUGGACACCGCGCGCUACAAGCUGGCCGUGGCCGAUGCUGUGAUCACGAAAUUUGCUCCAAUUAAGAGCGAAAUUGAAAAACUGAAGAUGGACGAGGACUACUUAGAGAAGGUUCUGCAAGCCGGGUCAGCAAAAGCCAAAGAAUUGGCAUAUCCUGUGUGCCAGGAGGUGAUGAAAUUGGUGGGGUUCCUAUAGGAAGUUUCAACGAAUCCCCAAAAGGGUCUUACAUCUUGUGAUAAAGACAGCCUUCCCCACGAGCAGAAUUGCCCACGGUGGGCACAUUUAGGUUGGUGUGUCUGGUUAUGAGCGCCGUCUGAUGAGCAGUUUGUAAUCCUCAAAGAGAGCAGUAUCGUAGAGACUAUCAAUAAAAUGCUGUCACCCCAAAUAUUUUUUUAUUUAGGCAUAGUCAUCUGAGCCCCCAUUUAUUUAUUGAGGCACACACCUUGACUUGAUUCAUCUACGCAAAUGUGAUUAAGAUGAGCAGUAAUUUGGCAAGUGCGGGUAUCAUUUGUGUCUCACAGGUGCUCCCUUUAUACCAAUCUUUUGCAAACAUAGUAUAUAAACUGGGCCUCCCCGGUGGUGCAGCGGGUCGAGCACAGCUGUGAAGCUGCCUGCAGCCUCUUCAGUGCAAGUUCGAUUCCUGGCUGGCCAGGGAGAUACCCACAGGGCACAGCAGACCUCUCCUGCCUCACCCACUGCUCCCCUCAGCAGUGUCUUUGGUCCAUCUGCCUGUUCUGCUCCCCACUCUGUCUCUGGUGAAGCCUCUCACCCUCCCGUGCCUCUGACCUGUACCCCAGUUCUUGUAAAAAAAUAAAUAAAUCUUUUAAACUUCUUAGACUUCCGUCCUUGAGAUGGUAUCUGGACCUAUCUGUGUUCAGAUCUCACAAAAAUGAAUUGGUCAUUGUGGUUCAUUUGUUCCUGAAAUGAUGUUUCUGCUAAACUCGUUUGCCACCUCAGACACACUGUUCCAGCAAGUAUUAUUUUGUUCGUUUUUAAUUCAGAGAUACACAAUAGUGGUUUCUUAAGA